CGGCGCAGCUCCCUUGCCCCUCACUCGGCUCCAGGAGGGCGUUAGCGAUCGGGCGUUACGGGCGCCCCGCCCAACCACCCCCUUGUAGCAGACAUGGGGAGACCCGCGGGGACAGCAGCCAUGGGCAUCCACGCCGUCGUCCUCGCCUUCUUGGUGGUCGUCGCCACCCUCGCUGCUUCAGCCGGCGCGCUGUCGCUCUCCACCGCGAGGCCGAGGGGCAUCAAGGGCCCGACCACGCCGGCGCCCAGGACCACGCCGAAGUACAUGCGGGACUUCAAGGACGGCGAGAUGGACGAGGAGGAGUCGGACCCCAUCACGCGUCCACUGGCUGUGGAGGACCAGAAGGUCCCAACGAAAGCUCCCAAGCCAGCCAAAGUCACAGCCGCUCCAGAGCCGGACGCGAACACGGCCGUGUACAAGCUCCUGGACUCCAGAAACAACGCCUGCAUCCUGUUCAAGGUGGACGCGCUGCUCAUCUUCAAGUUCCGGACGGUGCACGAGGAGGACGCGGAGAAGGACGUGUUCAUCCCCAACAACGCGAGGGUGACGGGCGAUUGCGGCAGCGGGGACGACGCCUACAUGAGCGUGGCGUGGCAGGACAUGGAGUGGACGAGCUACUUCACAAAGACUCCUGGUGGUGAAAGGUGGUACAUUGAAAAGUCUGAUCUCAGUAUAGACACUAGCAACACGAAAGUUUUCGAACACAUCAAAAAUCCAGGUCGCAAGAUGAAGCUCACCUCGGGGAGAGGUAACCUGCAGCUUUUCCCGACGCCGGUGGGGAAGUCCUACUCGUGCUCAGAGGGCGAGAAGGCGGUGGACAUGAGCUACGGCGACGUGACGGUGCAGCUCCUGCUCCGGGACGUCCGCGUGCAGCCCUUCAUCUUCAGGAAGGGCGAGUUCGGCCCGGAGUUCGUGUGCUCUCCCGGGGGCGUGUCCUACCGGGACGAGACCGCGCCCAUUGCGGUGGGCAGCACCCUGGCCAUCGUCGUGCUCUGCACCAUCACGGGCUACGGCGCAUUCCGCUACUUCAAGAUCAAGAAGGUGCAGUACGACACCAUGGAGUAAGGUGUGCAGGGAACAACAGACUUACGUUUCAACUGAUCGACCGAUUGAAGUUUCGGUCAAAAAACAAAAAAAAAGAAGCCGUGUUUAACACCAAUUAUUCAAAGGCGAGCUCGCUAAUUGUUCGUCAUUUACUGAGGAUCAAAUUUCAGCGAGACGAGUGGCGACCAAAAGUAUUUUUGUCGCGUUUUGUGUUCUCUCUAUAUGACAUAUCCCAUCCACAGUGCUGAGAAUUGUUUGUGUGUAGAGCCCCCAUUGCUGCGGGCGGGGCUGGCGGCGACGCUGCGAAAGUCACUGAGCAUUCCUGGGUUGGCACACACAGAGAGUGACCUCAUUGUGAUGCUUUUUAAUGUCCGUUAAAAAAAAUAUUCUGACGUAGUUUGUGCACCCAUCGAUUGCUCAAUGAGCUUCAGAAUGGGAAAUGAAAAGAUUGUCCCUUUUUCUUUCCCAUGCUGGUGAGCAGUGAAGCUCCAGCCAUGAGUUCCGCUAAAAUGCAUUUUCCCUUUAACAGUUUUCACAAUUUCGUGUAGACUUGAAGUUUUUUGUGUCAA